UCAUUGUACGUACGAUCGCUCUGCCUGGGCAACGGCUGGCCGGCGCGCGGGCACGUCACCGCUUGUCACCAAUGGCCAGUGGCCGUGGAUGUACUCUCCCGGCCACUCCCUAUAUAUACUGCCGGAGAGAAGACUACCAGCUAUAGCACUGCAACUCCAUCUAGCAAGCUAGCUACUAGCUUCCCUCUCAAGGCCGGCCGGCGCGGCGAGAGCAAGCUCCGCUAGCCAAGAUGUCGGUCCCGGUGGCGUACCAGGGCAACACCUCGGCGGCGAUCGCGGACUGGCUGAACAAGGGCGACAACGCAUGGCAGCUCACGGCGUCCACGCUGGUGGGCCUCAUGAGCAUCCCGGGGCUGGUCGUGCUCUACGGCGGCGUGGUGAAGAAGAAGUGGGCGGUCAACUCCGCCUUCAUGGCGCUCUACGCCUUCGCCGCCGUCUGGAUCUGCUGGGUCGUCUGGGCUUACAAGAUGUCCUUCGGCGAGAAGCUGCUACCCUUCUGGGGCCGCGCGGGGCCCGCCCUCAACCAGGCCUACCUCAUCGGCCGGGCCGCGCUGCCCGCCACCGCGCACUACCGCGCCGACGGCACGCUCGAGACGGCCAUGAUCGAGCCCUUCUUCCCCAUGGCCACCGUGGUGUACUUCCAGUGCGUGUUCGCUGCCAUCACGGUGAUCUUGGUGGCCGGGUCGCUUCUGGGGCGGAUGAGCUUCAUGGCGUGGAUGCUCUUCGUGCCGCUAUGGCUCACCUUCUCCUACACCGUCGGCGCCUUCUCCAUCUGGGGCGGCGGCUUCCUCUUCCAGUGGGGCGUCAUCGACUACUGCGGCGGCUACGUCAUCCACAUCCCCGCCGGAGUCGCCGGGUUCACCGCCGCGUACUGGGUCGGGCCAAGGACGAGGAAGGACAGGGAGAGGUUCCCGCCCAACAACAUCCUGUUCACGCUCACCGGGGCGGGGCUGCUGUGGAUGGGGUGGGCGGGGUUCAACGGCGGCGGGCCGUACGCCGCCAACGUCGACGCGUCCAUGGCCGUGCUCAACACCAACAUCUGCACGGCGGCCAGCCUCAUCGUCUGGACCUGCCUCGACGUCGUCUUCUUCAAGAAGCCCUCCGUCGUCGGCGCCGUCCAGGCCGUCAUCACCGGCCUCGUCUGCAUCACGCCGGGCGCAGGUGUUGUCCAAGGGUGGGCGGCGCUCGUGAUGGGCGUCCUCGCCGGCAGCGUGCCGUGGUACACCAUGAUGAUCCUCCACAAGCGCUCCAAGCUCCUGCAGCAGGUCGACGACACGCUCGGCGUGAUCCACACCCACGCCGUCGCCGGGCUCCUCGGCGGCGUGCUCACGGGCCUCUUCGCCGAGCCCACCCUCUGCAACCUCUUCCUGCCGGUCACCAACUCGCAGGGCGCCUUCUACGGCGGCACGGCCGGCGGCGCGCAGCUCGGGAAGCAGAUCGCCGGCGCGCUCUUCGUGAUCGGCUGGAACGUGGUGGUGACGUCCAUCAUCUGUGUGGCUAUCAGGUUCGUCGUGCCGCUGAGGAUGUCCGAGGAGAAGCUCGCGAUUGGGGACGACGCCGUGCACGGCGAGGAGGCGUACGCGCUGUGGGGGGACGGCGAGCUGUACGACGUCACCAAGCAUGGCGAGGAUGAUGCCGAGCACGGCGCCAGCGCCACCGUCGCGCCUGUCUGAUCACCCGACUUCUCCAGUGAAGAAAUUUUUCUGAAAUCUAUCGUACUUCCGUAGUAGAGUACUCGCUAGCUAGCAAGUUCAAGCUACAGAUGUUUUGUCACGUUCCAUUUCCAUUUUAUGUCAUCCACUUACGUUCUGUUCUUUAAAAGGAAGGACAUGUAAAUUUGUAACACGCCGUACAUAUUUGUUCUUCGAGAAUGAACUCGUAUAUAUUCAGCUUUGAAA